AAAAGAGAUGGUAGCAGCCAGCCACAAGACAAGUGAAAACGCGUAGACUAAAAGUGCGUCUCGUAGUGUUUCUGUUUAGUGUAAAAUGUAAAUCCUGCUUUGCUUUUGCUUUGCUUGCGCCAUUCCAUCUCCAUGUGACGCUGACCUAUUUAAAAUUCUAAUUCCUCCUCCCCACUCUUCUGCAUUGAAAUCCUCCCUCUCUCCCCACUUCCUUCUACUUCACUCACUCUUCAUAUUCUCCAUCUCAAUUCAAUGCAAAUACUCUCUCAAAUUAAAGUUUGAACCCCAAUCUGAGAACCCAGAUUUCAGAAAUGGCUCGACUUGGGAAUUUCAGACCCACAAAGGUAUUCUUGCUGUUUCUUGUUUUCGUCCUUUUUGCAGCGGCUUUUCUCUUAUGUGUGUCCGCCGAAUCUGAAUCUCCAAAUGGAGAAUUGUUUCGGAGAGGAAGAAGAAUUUUGGAGUCGGUGGAAGAGGAUGAGCCGAAGAAGAAGAAGUCCAGUGAUGCCUUACCCACCAAAACUCAGAGCAAGCUCAUUAAAUCUCCCACCCAAUCCUCAAAAAAUCAAACCAAGCUCAUUAAGAACAAUUUGUCGACCAAGAACAAGACUAUGCUUGGUAAGGCUACCAAUUCCACUAAACUGACAUCCGGCGGCAUCCUUUCGAAGGUUGGGCUCAAGAAGCUCAAUUCCACAUCGAAAUCCUCCAAUUCCACCAAAACCACUUCGUUCUCUGCUAAGAAAUCAUCCGAUCUACCCAAAUUAAGCACACCCAAGAACAAAAUGACGACACCCAAUUCCUCAAAACAAUCCCAAACAACCCAUCUCGACAAACCAAACAAGGAGCAGAAAUCAGAGAAGAAACAAGCACAGAAUGAGGAAAAACCCAAGAAACAAGUAGAGGCCAAAGCAAAACCCAGUUGGGUCGACGAUGAUGAAGACGACGAUUUGGUCUCGGAAUUUAGAGAUCUACCCACGAAAUUUCAGAAAACUUUGAUCCCAGACCUGGCGAGAAUCUCGACCACUUCCAAGGCAUACCUUAAUAAAGCCAACAAACAAAUGACAAUGGGAUUCAAACCCAUCGUUGGUAACAAGUAUGCCUCCACCAUCGCUUCUCUAACCUCCUUCGCAUUCAUUUUGAUUCCAUUAAUCUUGGUAAGUCUUUUAUUCAAUCGGAUCAAGGCUUAUUUCUCACUCCAAAAGCUCCUGAUAUUCAUCCAAAUCUAUCUCGCAAUCUAUUUCGGCAUCCUCUGCUUAUCGUCGGUGGUCACCGGGCUGGAGCCACUCAAAUUUUUCUACUCCACGUCGCAAUCAACCUACAUUUGCUUGCAGGUGAUGCAAACCCUUGGAUACAUAUUGUAUCUCCUGUUUCUGGUGAUGUACCUGGUGCUGGUGUUCUCCACCGAUUGUGGGCUGGGCUCGAGGAUGUUGGGCCUGGCCCAAACCUUCGUCGGGUAUGCAGUGGGGUUGCAUUACUAUGUGUCGGUGUUCCACAGGAUGGUUCUACACCAGCCACCCAGGACGAACUGGAAAAUUCAUGGGAUUUACGCCACGUGUUUUCUGGUGAUUUGCGGGUUCGCCGGGGCGGAGAGGAGGAAGAAAUCUUACUUGGAAGAAGACGGAGCAGAGGGCAAGAAGAGUUGAUUCAAAUUCAAUUCAAUGUGGAAUUUAGUUUUUUUUUGUUGGUUGUGACCAACAAUAAUUUUCUUCUUCUUCUUCUUCCGUUUUGAAUCUAUUACUGUUUAGUGUUGGGAAUUGUAGCACCAAAUGGCCAAAAACCAAAAGAAAAGAAGGGUGUCAUGCCAUUGGGGUAGGCUAUAUUUUAUUAUUCUACUACAAAUUUACAUCACAUUAUUGUUGCAAAGAAGAUGAAAAUGAAAAUGAAAAAUAGUUAUUUUCUUUGGGUUUUGGUAGUGUAAGAUUCGAAGCCAUGGAAUCCGUGAUAUGGUAUAUUAAUUAAGUGGAGAUAGAAAUAAAAGGAAGUUAGUUUUGAGGGCC